CGCAGUUUAGGUACAUUUGUCCGGCGCGCCUCCCGGGCAGGCGUAUGGCAGUGGGCUGCCGCUCGGCUCGCACGAUACUCGUGUCACGUGGCGCUCGCGCAAAAUUGAUAAUACUUGCACAAUGGCUUCCAAACCUAAAUCUCGAUAUAAUCCGUAUAAAAGAUAUUGUUCUGUUUACGGAUGUCUGAAUAAACGGAAGAACAAGGAAGCAGAAAUAACAUUCUUUAAAAUUCCGGACGAUAUUGAAAGACGACAAGAAUGGCUAACAGCCAUCGACAGAGAAGAUUUACUGGACGAAAAAAAGUUAAAGAAGGCCAAAAAUAACUUUGUUUGUUCUGCACAUUUUGACGACUCUGCAAUCAUAACUUCUACUUCGAAGCGGCUGAAAAGUGAUGCAGCACCCACGAAAUUAUUACCUGAUAAAUCUCUGAAAAAUAUUCCACCAGACGCUCUUCCACAGACCUCCACAGAUAUUUUGUCUCACUUACACAAACCCACAAAGAAAGAUAAAAUAUUGGUUACCACUUAUAGUCACAAUCAAUCACAAACCGAUACCCAAGAACAAAAAGAAAUAGAAUCUGAGAUCGCCCAACCGAAAAAUAAUAAAUCAUUUAACGAGUCGAAGCCUAAAUCAACAGUUAUAUCUAAACCUAAAACAAAUGCCUUACAAUCUCACAAAAAUGUACGAAUAUUAUCAAAUGAAAUAAAUAAAAUUAAAAAACCUGAACUUACUUGUACUUCAAUGCAAACAGAUUUAAUUGAAACAUCAAAUAAAAUGACACAGACAGCAUUAGCCUUAUCUGACAAAUCCCCACGUAAAAUAAAACUGAAAAAGGAACUUGUGACUGUUAAAUGCCAACGUUUGGAGCAAGAAGUUUUAAAAAUGGAAAAAGAGUAAGAAGCAAAAAAAUUCAUCUUUACUCUCCAGUCCCGAGGACGAAGUAGCUCAACGAUUUAUGAAAUUGGUUGAGUGGCAAAACAAAAUAAAAAACAAAUUCAAAGGCAAUCGCUACGAGGCGCAAUUCAAAAUAUUUGAUUUGCAUUUACAUUACGCUAGUCCACAUGCAUAUCGUUGCCUCCACACUGUUCUGAAGCUUCCCAGCAAGAGUACAUUAAACAGAUUAAAGUUGAAAAUUUCUCCUAAACUUGAUGACCGUGUUCUAAAUAGUCUAUCUUUAAAAAUUAAAUAAUUACCAGAAAAUGCAAAACAUUGCACUAUUUGUGUAGAUGAAAUGGUACUCAAAGGACACCUUGUAUUAGGUAUGAUACAAAAACAGACGAAGUGGUCGGAUUCCAUAAUAUAAACGGUACUAUAUCUACAGAAAUAGAAAGCAAUGCCUAUGAGUAUGCUACAAGGUAUAUACUGCAACUGGAAGCAGCCUACG